CAGCCGCGUGGAGGCGCCCGGCUGAGGUUAGGGUGACCUUUGAGGAUGUCGCCGUGUAUUUCUCCAGGACAGAAUGGAGCCUCCUUGAGGAGGCUCAGAAACGCCUGUACCUACAUGUGAUGCUGGAGAACUUUGCCCUUAUUUCCUCACUGGGUUGCUGCUGUGGAGUAGUGGAUGCGGAAGAUCCCACUGAGGAGAACCUUCCUGUAAGAAUGUCUCAGGCAAAGAAUCCCAAGGAAGCUUUGUCUUCCCAGAAGAGCCAUCCCUGUGAGAGUUGUGAGUGUGUCUUGAGAGGCAUUUUUCACUUGGUUGACCAGCAGGGAACACAGCAGAGACAGAAACUGCUGAGGUGUGGAGCAUGUGCAAAACAAUUUUAUUUCAUUGCAAAGCAUCACCAGCACCAGGAGCAGCACUCGAGAGAGAAGCCUUUCGCACGAGGUGUGGACAGGGCCUCACUUGUGAAGGGCUGCAAUUUCAAUGUGUCCAAAAAGAAUUUUACCUGCAGGGAGCUUGAGCAGAAUGUUUUUACCAACUCAGGACAUACCCAACAACAGGCUACACAGCCCAGGAAAAGAGCAAAUGAAACGUCAACAUCUGGGGAGGAUUGUCAAAGGAGAAAACUUCAUCACACAAGAAAAGAAUGUAAGAAAGCCAUUGGCUGCAAACACACACUUCUUCCAGAUCAAGCUGUUCAAUCUAAACGACGGUGUUAUGCAUGCCAUGAAUGUGAAAAAUGUUUUCUAGGAAUCUCUGGUCUUCGUUAUCAUCAGAAAGUUCACACAGGUGAAAAGCCAUAUGAGUGCAGUGAAUGUGGGAAAUCUUUUACCAGUGGCUCUGCCCUUCGUAAACAUCACAGAGUUCACACUGGAGAAAGGCCUUACGAGUGUGGUGAAUGUGGGAAAUCUUUUACCAGUAGCUCUGCCCUCCAUAAACACCAGAGAGUUCACACUGGAGAAAGGCCUUAUGAGUGUGGUGCAUGUGGGAAAUGUUUUACUAGUAGCUCUGACCUCCUUUAUCAUCAGAGAGUUCACACUGGAGAAAGACCUUAUGAGUGCCGUGUAUGUGGGAAAUCUUUUACCUGGAGCUCUGACCUCCGUAAACAUCACAGAGUUCACACUGGAGAAAGACCUUAUGAGUGUGGUGAAUGUGGGAAAUCUUUUACCAGUAGUUCUGCCCUCUGUUAUCAUCAGAGAGUUCACAAAGGAGAAAGGCCUUAUGAGUGCAGUGAAUGUGGGAAAUCUUUCACUAAUAGUUCUGCCCUCCGUAAACAUCACAGAGUUCACACUGGAGAAAGGCCUUACGAGUGCAGUGAAUGUGGGAAAUCUUACAUCAGUAGUUCUGCCCUCUAUAAUCAUCGGAAAGUUCAUACUGGAGAAAGGCCUUAUGAGUGUGGUGAAUGUGGGAAAUCUUUUACCAGUAAUUCUGCCCUCCGUAAACAUCACAGAGUUCACACUGGAGAAAGGCCUUUUCAGUGUGGUGAAUGUGGAAAAUCUUUUACCAGUAGCUCUGACCUCCGUAAACAUUACAGAGUUCACACUGGAGAAAGGCCUUAUGAGUGCAGCGAAUGUGGGAAAUCCUAUUUCAGUAGCUCUGCCCUCUACUAUCAUCAGAGAAUUCAUACUGGAGAAAGGCCUUAUGAAUGUGGUGAAUGUGGGAAAUCUUUUACCAGUAGUUCUGCCCUCCGUUACCAUCACAGAGUUCACACUGGAGAAAAGCCUUAUGAGUGCACUGAAUGUGGGAAGUCCUUUGCAUGUAGCUGUCACCUCUGUUAGCAUCAGAGAGUUAACACAGAACUAAAGCCUUAUGAGUGCAGUGAAUGUGGGAAAGCAUCUGUAACAUAAAUCUUCAUUGCCAUCAGAGUUCACAUAGCAGAAUGGCCUUAUGGCUACAGGGAAUGUGAGAGUUUGUUUUUUAUAAGUACAUUUUAUUAUCAUCAGAGAGUUCACCCAGGGGAAUGGCCUUACGCCUGUAGUGAAUGUGGGAAGUCUUACCAGUAGCCAUGGCUGUCAUUGUUCAGAGAGUUCACAAUGACUAAGUUCUUAUAUGUUAAGGAAAUUUGGGAAACCUUUUAUUUUCUAGUCAUUUCCUUUGUUAUCUUCUGAGAGCUGACACAGGAAAAAAGAUUUAUGUAUGCAGGCAGUAUGAGAAAUAUUUUUCUUGUAGCACUAAGCUCCAUUCAGAGAUUUAACUCUGGUGAAAGGCCUAAUGAGUACAGUGGAUAUGGGAAAUUCUUUUUCUAUUCUUAAUCCUGUGAUCCGGGAGUUCACUCUGGAGUUUGGUCUUACGUAGACAUAAAACGUGGGAAAUUUCUAACCUCAUAGGCAUCACCACCUUAAACAUACUUCACACUGGAUAAAGGCUGUGAGUGUGACAUAAAUGUAGGAAAUCGUUAACCAUAAAUCUGUACCUUUUUGAAAUUGGAGAGUUCUCAUUUUAAAUGGAUAGGUUUUAGGAAUUUUUUUCCCCCCCAGUAUAAUGACACUUAAGAAAACUUGCUGAGGAAACAGUGACUUUAAUCUUUUACCAGUGUUCUCGGUGCAGGCCUGUGUCAUCAGUUUAACAUUAUGUUUCCAAGAACCUAACAAAGUAUGAUUAAACUAAUGGUGUCUUUAUGCAUUCUUUUUGAACCUUUUUUAAAAUCCUCCGAGAACAUUUUAUUUCACUGAUUUAGAGAGAGAGGAAGGAAGGGAGAGAAACAUUGAUUGGUUGUGUGCCCAGACUGGGGAUCACAUUCAUAACCUAGUUAUGGCCCUGACAAAGAAUCAAACCCGCAACCUUUCAUCUUUCAGAUAAUGCUCCAACCGAGUCACAGUGGCUGGGGCCCUUUAUGCAUUUCCAUUCUUACUAUGAGGGUUGCAUUUCCCUACUCUAGCAAAAUCUUGAGUUCAAUUUUUAUUAAUUUUAGCUCUUUCCCUGAGUGUGCUGUACUCUGUUGUUUUAGUUGUGUUUCCAUAAGGAUUCAUAAUGAGCAUUUUUGCAGGAGUGUAUGUACUAUUGAUGUGUUUUUAGUUAAAUGUGUGCUCACAUAACUUUCCUACUCCUUCAUGAUUUGGGCUACUCUGUAACAAAUAGGACAGUGAAACAGCAAAGAUAUAUGUUGCAAUGUCACCCACUUUCACUCCUUGAAUAAGUAAUUUUUGCUUUUUGGAAUUAAUUGGUUUUAAUAGUGGAAAAUAAUUACCUAAUUAUUGGGAUUUUUUUGUACACAAUGUAAUAGGUACGUAUCAUAAACUUUAAAUAAUA